AUGUCAAAAAAAUGGCAUCGUUUACAUCUUGCGAACCGCGAGGAUAUACCCCCUCUUCUGUACAAGUACUCUCCCACGUCCACCGGCUACGAGCUCUACAUGACAGACCUCAACUCUAUGUGGUCGGAACAUCUAGACAGAGAAGCCAUUCUUAAGCGAGCUGACGAAGAUAAUAUCCCCAUCGACCCAAGUGAGGAUCUUGACCAAUUCAAAGUCCUCCUAACGAAAAUACAAGAGGGUUUGCAGAGUGGACCAGGAAGCAAAGUAUCGCUGCAACCCAGAACACGAGGAAGAGAUCAUACUUUAGAGCUCAGAGUGAUCUCUAAACUCCCUGCCCCCCUUGAGCCUCUUGUCUGGAAAGUGUUUCUUUCCAAGGAAGCUCAGUCUUCAAUGACGAGACACCUACUACUCCCCUUGAUCAACGCCGAGGCUGAACAGGAAGCGCGCCAGCGAUCCCUCAUCGAGGAGCUCAACAAAAAGGAUUGGGUGCUCUCGAAGCUCUUUGAUAAGUUUGAGACCCAGGGUAUUGAUUUGACGGCGAUGUUCCCUGGUGCUUCCGGUAUCCGCGCUGGUCGUAAGGGUCUCACGCUCACAGAGAUGGGAAAAUAUAUUAAGGGACUUGCACCGUUUGAUGAGGAGUGGUGGCGCGAAGAGAUCUCCAAAUCGUCUUCAGGCUCUGCAUUUUCAACAAACAUUGUUGCUGAACUCUCUGAAGGCUCUCCGAAUUCAAGGCAACUUGGUUCACUGAAACUCCCACCAGAUGGAUGGUGGGAAGGCCUAACACUAUCCAACAAUGCUACAUCUACUCCCCCAGACGACGACAAGAAGCCGGAAACCAACUUAGCAACAGACUCUUUAGAAACAGACACCGAUUCCGGGUCCGAGACUGGGGCGGAUGAGUUCGAGCGACAAGAAACACCACCCAGACUCAAAAAGCGCAGCGGCAGCCCACAAAAGUCCUCUUGUGCCAGAAAGGAAGACCAUAAAGAGGCGCAAUCAGAAGACGAAGAAGCAACUUCGCCAAAGAACAAAUUCGAGAAAGCAGCCAAGCACAGGGCCGAAGUUCACUCAAACCCUGCAAACAACCCAAAAAUGCCCCUACCAAGAAGGUCUAAAGGUCUUGGUACAAUCGGGGGCAAGAAGCAGACGAAGCCGAGCCUGUCAUCACCGUCACGAACGCCUACACCGUCACCAUCACCUUCUCCAUCUCAUGGCAUGCACAACCCUUCAAAAAGCUUGGCCAAUGAGGAAACAACAGACGAAGACGCAAACGCAGACGAAGAGCAUCAGUACACUUUAACAAAGACAAAACACACCCCCACAUCAGCCCCCAGAAAAGUGCCCCAGCAGUCCCGCAGGCUAGGCGUUAUCGGAGGAAGGAGGAAACAAGCAACACCAGAACCAGAGCCAGAGCCAGAGCCAAGUAGCAAACCAUUCCGAUCUCAAUCCCCAGAACCGCACCCGCCACCAAAAAAGAGAAAGCCACUAGGUAGGAUCGGCGUUAUUGGCGGGCACAACUCCAAGCAAAAAGCCGUACAAGAUCACAGCUCUGAAGCGCCAAGCUCCUCGCGAACGGAGAGCGUACUGCCACCGGCAGAGACGGCCCAAAGGCAGAGCAAUACCGAGGACGAGGCGGAGAAGAAAGAAAGACCCGCUUCUAGGUCUCCAUCGCUCCGUGAAGCUAAGGAACCGAACCUGAAAACACCUGCAAAGCCGGAACGCGAGGAGACGGAGGAAGAAAAAGCGGACAGGAAACGGGAGGAGUUGAAGAGACAGCUCGAGGCGAAGAGUAAGGCCCCUGCAAAGAAGAAGCGAAGGUUUUAG